AUGGGCCCUGAUGACCACAAGCUGAUCAGGAAUGAAAGAGGACUUCCAGAUCCGCUUCGGAAAGUAGCCAGAGUGACGGGUACGCUUGCUCAGAGUGAGGGGCAGUAUUUUGAAGGGGGCUCAGGCAACGUGUCCUUUAUGGACAGCCGAGAAGCCGGGCGCGGGUCCUCCGCCCGGCGGGCAGCUGGAGGGGCGGAGCCGGGGGCGUGGUCGCCCGCCCGGAACCCAAAACGCCGUCCUCUUGGUUUCCGGUCGCGGCGGACACUUCUCGCGGAGGGACCGCUCCGUGGCACCGGCGGCGGCGGCGGCGGGCACGGAGCGGAGGCGGACGCGGACGAGCCGGGGGAGAGCACGGAGCCGGCGGGUCACCGGAGGCAGGAGGAGCUGGCGCAAGCCCAGGCGCUGAGGAAGCGGCGGCGGCCGCGAAGGCCCGAGGUGGCAGUCGGGGGCGACGAGCAGGCCUCCGGGUACCUGGCGCUGGCCCAGGGCCUCCUGGAGGGCGCAGGGAGGCCCCCCGCGGCGCGGGCGGCCAGGCCGGAAGCCUCGAGCCGCUCCCGCUCGCCUCCGGUCCGGGAAGGCGCGGGGGGCGGGGAGCCGCUGGUGGACCAGCUCAUCCGCGACCUGAAUGAAAUGGAUGAUGUGCCCUUCUUUGAUGUCCAGCUGCCUUAUGAAUUGGCAAUCAAUAUAUUUCAGUAUCUGGACAGGAAAGACCUAGGAAGGUGUGCGCAGGUGAGCAAGACGUGGAAGGUGAUUGCUGAAGACGAGGUGCUGUGGUACAGACUGUGCCAGCAGGAAGGACACCUUCCAGAGAGCAGUAUCUCAGAUUAUUCCUGCUGGAAGCUCAUCUUCCAAGAGUGCCGAGCCAAGGAACACAUGUUAAGAACCAACUGGAAGAGUCGCAGAGGUGCCGUGAGCGAGCUGGAACACAUUCCCGAGGCAGUGUUGUGUGACGUGCAUUCUCACGAUGGCGUGGUCAUUGCUGGAUAUACAUCAGGAGACGUGCGGGUGUGGGACACCCGCACCUGGGACUAUGUGGCCCCCUUCCUGGAAUCCGAGUAUGAGGAGGAUGAGCCUGGAAUGCAGCCAUACGUCUCCUUUGUGAGGAUAAACAGCUCGCUGGCGGUAGCAGCUUAUGAGGAUGGAUUUCUGCAUAUUUGGGACCUGAGGACCGGAACAAGUCCUGUCCAUCGCUUUGAGCAUGAUGCACGAAUACAAGCGCUAGCCCUCAGCCGGGAAGGUGCCACUGUUGCUACUGCUUCUGCUUUUGACGUUGUGAUGUUGUCUCCCAGUGAAGAGGGGUACUGGCAGAUAGCUGCAGAAUUUGAAGUUCAAAAACUGGUUGACUACCUUGAAAUAGUUCCUGAUAGUGGACAGAACCGUGUGGCAAUAGCCACUGCUGGAGAUCUCGUAUAUCUGCUAAAAGCUGAAGACUCUGCCAGAACCCUUCACUAUGUCUAUGGCCAGCCUGUCACGUGUCUAGAUGUCUCAGCCAACCAUGUUGCUUUUGGUGUGAAGAGUCUGGGAUGGGUAUACGAAGGAAACAAGAUCCUGGUGUACAGCCUGGAAGCAGAACGCUGCCUCUCGAAGCUGGGUAAUGCGCUUGGUGACUUCACUUGUGUCAACCUCAGAGACAGCCCCCCCCACCUCAUGGUCAGUGGCAACAGGGACAGGAGAGUGAGGAUCCAUGACCUCCGCACUGAUAAAAUCACCUUGUCACUGUCCGCGCACCAGCUUGGGGUCUCUGCAGUCCAGAUGGAUGACUGGAAAAUUGUCAGUGGAGGCGAGGAAGGGCUCGUGUCAGUAUGGGAUUAUCGGAUGAACCAGAAGCUGUGGGAGGUCCAUUCCAGACACCCUGUACGGCACCUCUCCUUCAACAGCCACCGUCUUAUCACAGCCAACGUGCCCUACGAGAAGGUGGUACGCAACAGCGACCUAGACAGCUUCGCCACCCACCGGAGACACCGGGGGCUGAUCCAUGCCUAUGAGUUUGCAGUGGACCAGCUGGCCUUCCAGAGCCCUCUGCCCAUCUGCCGUUUCUCCUGUGACGCCACAGCCAGUUCCAACUAUGAUCUUGCUCUGGCUUUCCCCCAUGAUAGUACCUAAGCAUCGCCUCAUUUGGGAGAAAAUCGGGCCAGACCAAUUUUAUAAAUUUUAAAACCAC